AUGUCGCUCGUCAAACAAGAGUCUCAAACUUCAAGUCGGGACGGUAUUAAGGACGAUAAUUCUAAACCCCAGGAGGAUGAUAUCACCGAGUCGUUGAGACUUAUAGAAGACCUUAAAUUUUUUCUAGCCACAGCUCCAGCAAAUUGGCAGGAAAAUCAGGUUAUUAGACGGUACUAUCUUAACCACGAUGAAGGGUUUGUUAGUUGCGUAUUCUGGAACAAUCUCUACUUUGUCACUGGAACCGACAUUGUUCGCUGCAUAGUCUACAAGUUCGAGCAUUUCGGACGCACCAUCAUAGACAGAAAGAAAUUUGAAGAAGGCAUUUUUUCAGACUUACGGAAUCUUAAAUGUGGAACCGAUGCCAUUCUUGAACCUCCACGGUCGGACUUUUUGGAAUUUCUCUUCAAAAACUCGUGUCUUAGAACUCAGAAGAAGCAAAAGGUAUUCUUCUGGUUUAAUGUGCCCCACGAUAAGUUGAUGGCAGAUGCAUUGGAAAGAGACCUUAAAAAAGAAAAAGCCGGCCAAAACCCAACAACUGUAGCCCAGAGGGAGCCAGCCAAAUCAUUCAAAUACGACGAAUCAGCGAAUUUGUACACUCAAUUGGCUGAACAUAUGGAAAAACAAAAGGUAAACAAUCAGGAAAUUUACGACCAUAAUCCUCCUGUAACUACUAAUGAAAAUGAUAAUUCGUCUCCAGAAUACACCACCAGCACAAACGUAGUACUUCCAAAUGUGGAGAAAUCAAAUGGUGAAAACUACGAAUUCUUAGACCAUGAAACACCAGCCCAAUUCAAAGCUAACUCGGAUUAUGAAGACGACUUUCCGUUGGACUAUUUCGAUCCCAAUUACGAAGAUAGUUACAUCACAUUGGAUCCCAACUACCAGUUGGGUGGAUACUCCAGUAUGGUGGACGAAAACUACGACAGCAUCGUAGACCCUUCGGUUUUCAUAUAUCCCACAAACACUAGCUCCGCCCCACCAGCAACCACACCCAGCUUCAACCAAGUGGCAUACAAUGCAGAGUAUUUAAUAGAGCAAACACAACCCUUGAAAACACCUUUACCUCAGAUGCCCAGCGCAGUAACAUUACAGCCCAAGUCAGCCAACUUCGUCGGAUUCCCGUCGGCAACCGAUGAAUUUUUUCCAACAUAUUUACCUCCUUUAUCAGCCAAGUACCAAACAGGAUUUCCAAGAAGUACACCGACGCAAAUUGUGUAUCCUAAUAUCACCCAAGCAACACCAGAAGUUGCCUAUGAAACCCUUCCACCUAAUCAUUCUCAAUCGGAAAUAUAUUUCCAGCAAGAACCUGAAUACUGGCCACCACAGAGUGCUGCCUAUGGCGGCUCUUACGAAGUGCCAAUGCACUACAAUCAACAGUAUGUGAUAUUGAACGAACACGAUUAUGCUCCUAAUGCCAUGUAUCAAGUAGUCAACCCUCUGUCAAUGCCAAUUCCUCCUCCAUCAGCCGGUGCAUACUUGACUCAUUUCGGAUUCUCUCCUCAACAUGGCGCUCCUUCGUUUCGUCAGCAACAGAUCAGUGCAAACAUGAUGAAAAAACGUCUGGCUAUGGCUCAGGGUAAAACUCAAGGUAUUUCAAAACCUUCGGGAGCUCGUACUACGAAAACAGCACAUUUCACUGUGGAAGAAAUUGCCAAUCUGAAAUUGACGAGGUUACUCAACCAAGACAACCAUGAAUCGGCAAGACCAGCAAAUGACGGAAUGAUGCCUACUCCUGUUUCUUCUGCCAAUCCAUCUGACGAUAAAAAAUGA